UCCUAUAAGUAUGCAGUGACAGUGUGUGACAGUAGUGUAAAAAGGCAAAUCACCAUUCGAGAGUAGUGGCCCCAAGGUUUUUUUACAUCGGUUUUUUGUUCUUUUUUAGUUCAAUUCACAAAGUGUUUGCAACAAAAGAAAAAGCCAAGCAACUAACCAAUCAACCAACCAACCAACCAGCCAAGCCAAGGCAGUAGUGAUUAAGUAACCCAACUCAAAAGCAAUAAAUCAAAACAAUUUAGUGCAAAUUCGUUUUUAAGCAAUCUCUGUAAUCGAGUUUCGUCGUUGCCGUCGCCUUCGUCGUUGUCGAUAUCCAACCUCCUACUCCUCUGCUCGUCCUAGUGCUACUACUCCUGUUUGAGUUUGUCAGUGUUAAAUGAAAAAAAAAUUUAAAAACAAGAAGAAACCAACAAAAAAAAAAUAAUUAAUCUUAAUUAAACCUAAUGAAAUGGGGAAAAAAUAAAUUGUGAAAAGCUAAAUAAGAAGAAAAACCCCUUUACUAGUCGCAGGACACACACACACACACUCACACACAAUACCAGCACUCCCUGCAUUGCAACCCAAAAAAAAGGGUCACAAUCCUCACUUUGGAAAACCCCGAAAAAAUCCUGUUGCAAACCCUCAUCGUAAAAGGAAUUAAAGGUUACAAAAACCUUCACUGCAACCAUGGCUUCGGGAGGUGUUGGCAUCAGCUCCAUAGAUCCAGAAGUAUCCUCUACAUCUAAUACCAAAUUCACUUCAGAUAAUCUAAGUCACAGUCGAGAAGAUGCGCUGGAUUCAUCCAUAUCGGAGGCCCAAGGUAAACAACGCACUAAAAGCGAUAAAGAGAGAAAAAUCGGCCACAGACGUGUUGGUGAAGGUGGUGAAAUUACCUAUAAAAAAAUUCAGACAUCACAAAUUAUGGGUUCCAUACAAUUGGGAAUACAACAUACGGUUGGUAGUUUAGCAUCAAAGCCAAAACGUGAUUUACUUAUGAUGGACUUUUGGGAAAUCGAAAGCAUUGUCUUUCCGCCCGAGGGUUCUAGCCUUACGCCUGCCCACCAUUAUAGUGAAUUCAGAUAUAAAAUCUAUGCACCAAUUGCAUUUCGUUACUUUAGAGACUUGUUCGGCAUACAGCCGGAUGAUUUCAUGAUGUCGAUGUGUUCAUGUCCCUUGAGAGAGCUAUCGAAUCCGGGUGCUUCUGGUUCCAUAUUCUAUUUAACGCAUGACGAUGAGUUCAUCAUAAAAACCGUACAGCACAAAGAGGGUGAAUUCUUGCAGAAAUUAUUGCCUGGCUAUUACAUGAAUUUAAAUCAAAAUCCACGUACCCUCUUACCAAAAUUCUUCGGCUUGUAUUGCCUGCAAACGAACAAUGCGAAAAAUAUUCGCUUAGUUGUUAUGAACAAUUUGCUGCCUUCCUAUGUGAAAAUGCAUCUGAAAUAUGAUCUCAAGGGUUCAACAUUCAAGCGUAAAGCAAAUAAAGCCGAACGUGCCAAGAAAUCGCCAACAUUUAAGGAUUUAGAUUUUAUGGAACAACAUCCAAAUGGCAUAUUUCUGGAAGCAGAAACCUAUUCGGCUUUGAUUAAAACAAUACAAAGAGACUGUACGGUCUUGGAAUCGUUUAAAAUUAUGGAUUAUUCUUUACUAUUGGGAGUGCAUAACCUGGACUUGGCCUCAAAGGAGAAACAGAAAAUCAAGAAACAGCCAAAAACUUCACAAUCAGAAGAAUCGGAUAAUGAUGAUACUCCACGUGGGGCAGAACCUUCAUCGGAUAAUCCAGAUGAAGAAACGCAAAGCAAUAUACAACGCAAUAGUGCGGCUUAUCGUUCGAAUCGCCAACGUCUGGUGGCCCACUCAACAGCUAUGGAAAGUAUACAGGCCGAAAGCGAGCCUAUUGAUGAUGAAGAAGAUAUGCCUCCCGGUGGCAUUCCCGCUCGCAGUGAAAAAGGCGAACGUCUGCUUUUAUUUAUUGGUAUCAUUGAUAUUUUGCAAUCCUAUCGUUUAAAGAAGAAACUCGAACAUACCUUCAAAAGUAUCAUACAUGAUGGCGAUACUGUUUCAGUGUGUCGUCCUUCAUUUUAUGCUCAAAGAUUUCAAAAUUUCAUGGCCAAAACUGUAUUCCGUAAAAUACCGUCUCUGGAUCUCCCCGAGAUCAAAGGAAAUCAUAGAAAAUUUCGUACUUUGGUAUCCAGUUAUAUAGCUCUGAAGCAUUCACCAUCGAAGCGAAAAAGUCUCUCAAAAGCCAUACAACGUUCCAUAGACAGUGAAAAUGAGGCAAGAGAUCAUGGUCAUACACAUCAUCCACCAACAUCGACAGUACAGCAAUUUAAGAAAUCACAUGUCUCCAGCGGUAAAGCGGCAGCGGCAGCAGCAGCCACGGGGGCUGGAGUAGCCACCACAUCACACUCGGGCACCACACUGAAAUCCAUGGCGGCACCGCCUGUCAAGCAGCGGAACCCAGGCAGCAGCAAUACUGCGGCCGCUGCCAGUGGUGGCGUAGGCGGCAGCACUCUUAAGACCAAAGUUCCCCCACCAGUACCGCCAAGAGGUUCGCCACGCAAGCGAGGCGACAGCGAUGCCUAUCAACACCAGCAGCAGUUACUUGAAGGAGGCGGCGGCGGUGGCUCCUCGAGGGCCCUUUCCACCACUCCAGGCACAACACCAUCAUGCAGUUCAACACCACCCCCUGCCUUCGAUGAUAUAUCCGAGGAUAAUAGUUAUAACAAACAUAGUUCCUCAACAACUUCGAGGCGUUCGCAUCAGCAUCACCACCAACAACAACAGCAACAUCACUCCUCCACCUCACAACAAUCGUCGUCGUCGUCCCAUCAGCAACAGUACCACCACCAUCACCACCACCACCACCAACAUCACCAUCAAAACGAUGGGCUGUCCUCGUCAUCGUAUCACGAUCGAAAAAUGAAUGUGGGUCCAGCCUAUCGGAGUUCAUCGUCCUCACAAAAGGACGAUAUGGUCAGUGUUUCCGAAAUACAUUUAGACACCUAUUUAGCCGUAGAUACAUCAUCCAGUAGUCACUAUGGUUCAAGGGGCGGUCUGGCCUGGACACCACCAGCGUCUGGUGAGGGUUCAACACCCACAUGGACCGAAGGUACGCCCAGUUUUACCGAUUCCAGUUCGAGCGGUGACUUUGAUAACAAUUCAUUACUUUCAGAGCAUUUUUCGCCAAUAAACUCAUCGAAAAUGGAUCGCUAUAAGCCCACUGUGGAGGAUGCCAUUAAUUCCUUGUCGGCGGAAAUUGUCAAUGAUCGCCAUUGAGGGGCCAUCGCAGGCCUUGGCACGGAAGGGAGGACAAAUCAGGAGAUGUUAAGCCAAAAGAAAUCCCCAUGAAAUGUAACAAAGCGUUGUUACCAAAUAUAUUUUUGAAGGAUAUUCUAGAGAAAACCAGCCAGCAUACUUCUAAAAGUUCGUGGCGAAUCGAAUCGAGUCGGAUCGUAUCGGGGUCGUCCCGGGUGCUAGAUUCCUUUUUGGCAUAGCUGUUCAUUUUAGCUGUUUUUUCUUCUCGCAUUGCAUAAACAAAAAGGUAAACCAAAAAAUAUUCAUUCAAAAUGAAUUGUGUUCAUUAAAGUUGACUGUUGACUGUGUGCAAGCAAAUACACACCAGUGAAUGAAGUGAUGAAAACUCGAGGCCAGGGAAGUGCUUCGGUAAUGUUAAACGUCGAGUAAAAAAACAAGAAUCUCAUAGAUAACGAUCGAAAUGCUGUAGGACAUAUACACUAACACAUACAUAUAAACAAAUAAUAAUUUGCAUAAUGAAAUGUUAUUAUGUUAAAUUAACAUAAUUAGGAUAUACAUACAAACAAACAAACGUACAUACAUACAAACAUACAUAUAUAUAUAUACAAACAACAUGUGGCUAAAUACGAGUUGAAACAAAUAAUAUCCAUGCUAAACGAAAGAAAAUAAUAAAGAGUUGGUUCAUUGACAAAAAAUCCAUAAUUUAAAUAAUACAUAGUUCAUGUACAUAAUAUACUAUACAUAUUCAUAAAUG